UAUAUAUAUAUAUUCCACUGAUCUGUAAUAGAUUUGAAAUUAUUAUAUUCCAAUCAAUCCAAUGAUUACUAUGGGCAAUAUCCAAUUCAAUUCAAUUCAUUUUAUUUUGUAUAGCCCAAAAUCGCAAAUUACAAAUUUGCCUCAGAGGGCUUUACAGUCUGUACACAUGCAACAUCCUCUGUCCCGAAACCCUCACAUCGGCACAGGAAAAACUCCCCAAAAUAUGAAAAAACCCUUCAAUAGGGAAAAAGGGAAGUGUGGUGGCGGGCGUGGUUUCGGCUCGGCUGCAGAGGGAGAGAGAGGGGGAGUGGCUCGGGGAAUGGUGACAGCUGGAGGUAAUGAACCUCCAGCUGAGGACAAUUGAAGAGAUGCUUCCCCGUCUAUUUAACGGGGAGACCGACCGAGCGAGCGGGGUGUUCCAGCAAGCCGGAGAAAUAAUAACAAUAAAGACGGUUACCAACUGUGAACAGGUGUCUGUGAGUCCUUACGUUCCCCCCAUAGUAACCCAGCUGUUACAGUGGCGCCAAACGUGGAGGGGGGACAAUGACGGACGACAACAGGCAGGAGAUACCGACCCAGCCGUUUAUGGUACUGGGCCGAAUGAUCAGGGAGCUGGCGGCCAUCCAGCGCGACCAGGCGGAGGCCAACCGUCAGUUCCUGGGGGCGCUCCAAGCCCAAAUGGGGAGACAAGCCCAGGCGUUGGAGCAGCUCGCGGGGCGGCCAGCCGCACCCCCGCCGGCGCCCGGGAUGGCGGCGUUGGCCGGGCUGACACUACACCGGCUGACAGCGGGGGAUGAUGUCCAGGCAUACCUGGAGGCCUUCGAGGCGACGGCGGAGGCGUGUGGCUGGCCGGAGGACGAGUGGCCGGUGCGGCUGUUACCGCUCCUGUCGGGGGAAGCGCAGACGGCGGCCAUGGGACUCCCACCGGCGGCACGGCGGGAGUAUGCGGCCGUCCGGAAGGCCGUGGUGGACAGGCUGGGACUACUCCCGGAGGACCACCGCCGCCGGUUUCGCGAGGCCAGGCUGGGGCCGGAGGACCGGCCAUUUUCAUACGGGCAGCGGCUCAAGGACUCCGCGGCCAGAUGGUUGCUGCCGAACGGGCCGGGUGGGGCGCAGGCAGUAAUGGAGAAGGUGGUGUUGGAGCAGCUGAUGGUGGGGCUCCCGGAACGGACUGCGGCGUGGGUGCAGUGUCACCGACCCCCGACCGUGGAGGCAGCGGUUACCCUGGCCGAGGACCAUCUGGCGGUGCAUCCCAGCGGGGGAGGAAGACAGCUGCGGCCAGCGGAGCGACCCACACCGGCCCCGCGACGAGCCACGCUCCCCCCGGCAUACUCUCCACGGACAGCAGCAGACGGCGGCGCCAUUCCCGACCCACAGGGAGUGUCUCAAACGCCAGGGCAGGCGUGCUGGAGGUGCGGGCAGCCGGGACACCUCCGGAGAGAUUGCCCGCUGAUGGAGGUGGGGCAGGUGAUCCGGGUUGCCGGCGCUCCAGCACCCUCCCCCGGCCCGGGAGCGACGUACCGCGUUCCGGUAAGCAUCCAGGGGGGUAUACGCCAGGCGAUGAUGGAUUCGGGAUGUUCGCAGUCUAUGAUCCAUCAGAGCCUGGUUCGGCCCGGGGCAUUGGUGGAGGCAUCGCGGGUGAGGAUUAGGUGUGUGCACGGGGACAUUCACGAGUAUCCCAUUGUGUCCGUAGAACUUAGGUUCAAGGGAAAAAAAUAUAGGAUAAAGGUCGCGGUUAGCUCCCACCUGACGCACCCCGUAAUUUUGGGAACGGAUUGGGCGGGAUUUAACACGCUAAUGGGGCAGGCUGCGGGGGUGCGUUCACGACCGACAGGGAUAUGCGAUACGUGUGCGGUGCUCAGCGGUGACGCGAGGUCGUCCGACGCUGCCGAGGGGGAGGGGGAACCGGCGGAGCCUCCCGUGGAGACUCCAGCGGUUCCCGAGUUCCGCUCCAUGGAAGAUUUUCCACUCGAGCAGUCUCGUGACGAUACUCUACGCUCAGCCUACGACCAAGUGAUAAAAAUUGAUGGUCAACUGGUGCGCCCUGACGCAGCACAGUCGUAUCCGCACUUUUCGUUGAUUAGGGACAGACUGUAUAGAGUGAGUCGUGACACUCGGACGGGGGAGGAAAACACCCAGUUGCUGGUGCCGAAAAGCCGCCGGGAAAUGAUUUUCCAGGCGGCUCACUAUAAUCCGAUGGCGGGUCACAUGGGAUACGGGAAGACACUAGACCGGAUAAUGACCCGAUUUUAUUGGCCAGGCAUCCGGGGAGACGCGCGCCGCUGGUGUGCGUCCUGCCCGGAAUGUCAGUUAGUCAAUUCACCAGCCAUUCCGAGGGCCCCGUUGCGGCCUCUACCUUUGGUGGAGGUUCCGUUCGAGCGAAUCGGCAUGGAUUUAAUCGGGCCAUUUUACCGGAGCUCACGCGGAUAUCGCUUUGUGUUGGUCCUCAUGGAUUACGCAACACGAUAUCCGGAGGCAGUGCCAUUGCGCAAUAUCUCUGCAAAGAGCGUCGCGCAGGCUCUGUUUCAGGUCAUCUCCCGGGUUGGAAUCCCGAAAGAGAUUCUAACAGACCAGGGCACUUCGUUCAUGUCGCGCACACUGAGAGAACUUUACGGGUUACUAGGCAUUAAGUCGGUCCGCACAAGCGUGUACCAUCCCCAGACUGACGGGUUGGUGGAACGUAUGAAUAGGACACUGAAGUCUAUGAUCCGUAAAUUUAUUAGCGAAGAUGAACGUAAUUGGGACCAAUGGCUUGAUCCUCUGUUGUUUGCAGUCCGGGAGGUCCCCCAGGCCUCCACAGGGUUUUCUCCCUUUGAACUUUUGUUUGGCAGAUCACCAAGAGGGGUGCUGGACCUUAUUAAAGAAAGCUGGGAGGAAGGUCCGAGCCCCGGCAAGAACGAGAUCCAGUACGUCCUGGACCUGAGAGCAAAGCUCCACACACUGGGGAGGAUGUCACGGGAGAAUUUGCUCCAGGCCCAGGAACGACAACAACGGCUGUACGACAGAGGAGCCAGGCUGCGAGAAUUCACACCGGGAGAAAAGACCGACGCAUCGGACAGAGGGCUGGGGGCCGUUUUGUCCCAGGAGGUGGGGGGGGUCGACCGCCCCGUGGUUUACAUCAGCCGGAAGCUGUCAGAGAGGGAGGCCAGGUACAGCACGGUGGAGAAGGAGUGCCUGGCCAUCCGGUGGGCGGUGGACUCCCUGCGCUACUACCUCCUGGGACGCCCAUUCACCCUCUGUUCGGACCACGCCCCGCUCCAAUGGCUCCACCGCAUGAAGGAUACUAACGCCCGGAUCACUCGGUGGUAUCUGGCCAUGCAGCCUUUUAACUUCAAGGUGGUCCAUAGGCCGGGGACGCAGAUGGUCGUGGCGGACUUCCUCUCUCGCCCUCUGGAGGGAGGGGGGGGGGAGUAAGCUAGGCCGGACGGCUCCCCGGCCUAAGUCGGGCGGUGGGGGUAUGUGGUGGCGGGCGUGGUUUCGGCUCGGCUGCAGAGGGAGAGAGAGGGGGAGUGGCUCGGGGAAUGGUGACAGCUGGAGGUAAUGAACCUCCAGCUGAGGACAAUUGAAGAGAUGCUUCCCCGUCUAUUUAACGGGGAGACCGACCAAGCGAGCGGGGUGUUCCAGCAAGCCGGAGAAAUAAUAACAAUAAAGACGGUUACCAACUGUGAACAGGUGUCUGUGAGUCCUUACGUUCCCCCCAUAGUAACCCAGCUGUUACAGGAAGAAACCUUAGGGAGAACGUCAGAGGAGGGAUCCUUCUCCCGGGAUGGAAAGACUGCAAUGGAUGUCAUGUGUACAGAAUCAACAAUGUAAAAGAUGUACAAUACAUUCAAUUUCUCUAACAGAAAUGAUACAAGUAAUUGCAAGUAUCAGAACAGGUGUACGGCAGGAUCACUGCAGGGACGAACCACCAUCCACAGAUGCUUCUGUGGGGAGGGAGAGCAGAAAGAUGUUGGUUUAUGAUGACAGUAAUAUGAAUCAUAUUUAAAGUAAUAAUGAUGGCAGCAGCAGGUGUCAGCAGAGCCAUGCCAGGAGUCAGAACCGGGGUCCGCACGAAACUAUGAUCCAUGGAGACCUGCUAGGCGAGAAAGCACAAAAAAACUCCCGGAAAGAAGCUUAAUUAGUGUACAUUAACAAAACAUGGAUGAUUGUGGAAGGAGAGAGUGAGCGUGUGAGAGUGAGAGAGGGGCUCGGUGUGUCCUAAGAAGUCCCCCGGCAGUCUAAGCCUAGAGCAGCUUAACUAAGGGCUGGUCCAGGCUAACCUGAGCCAGCCCUAACUAUAAGCAAUAUCAAAGAGGAACGUUUUAAGCUUUAUCUUAAAUGAACUGACCGAGUCUGCCCCCCGGACUGAAAGUGGAAGCUGGUUCCACAAAAGAGGAGCUUGAUAACUGAAGGCUCUGGCCCCCAUCCUACUUUUUAAAACUCUAGGAACCACAAGUAGCCCAGCAUCUACGGAACGCAGAUGCCUUGUAGGGCAAUACGGUGUAACAAGCUCUUUAAGAUAAGACAGUGCCUCACCAGCAAGUGCCUUGUAGGUGAGGAGAAGUACCUUAAAUUCUAUUCUUGAUUUAACAGGAAGCCAGUGCAGAGAAGUUAACACAGGAGUUAUAUGAUCCCAUUUCUUUGUUCUUGUUAAUACACGUGCUGCAGCAUUCUAAAUCAGCUGGAGAGGUUUAAGCGAUUUACAAGAGCAGCCUGAUAACAAAGAAUUACAGUAAUCCAGUCUAGAAGUAACAAAUGCAUGAACUAGUUUUUCUGCAUCACUUUGAGACAGGAAGUUUCUGAUUUUCGAUAUAUUACGUAGAUGAAAAAAGGCAGUCCUUGAAGUCUUCUUUAUAUGAGAGUUGAAGGACAUAUCCUGGUCGAAGAGAACUCCAAGAUUUCUGACGGUGCUGUAUCCAUAGAGACUGUAUCACGUGACAGCUGACUUCGAAGGCGCUCUGAGCCUAUCAUGAUAACUUCGGUUUUUUCCAAGUUUACCAUCAGGAAGUUGCAGGUCAUCCAAGUUUUGAUGUCUCCAAGACAAUCCUGAAGUCUAACAAGCUGGUUGGUGUCUUCUGGCUUGAUCGAUAGAUACAGUUGAGUAUCGUCUGCAUAACAAUGGAAGUUUAUGCUGUGUUUUCUGAUAACGUCGCCCAAAGGAAGCAUGUACAGGGUAAAUAGAAUCGGUCCAAGCACAGAACCUUGUGGAACUCCGUGACCAACAUUGGUGGUCCUUGAUGAUUCGCCGUUCACAAACACAAACUGGGAUCGAUCCGAUAAAUAAGAUUUAAACCAGCUGAGUGCAGUUCCUUUGAUGCCAAUCAAGUGUUCCAGUCUCUGCAGCAAGAUACGGUGAUCGAUGGUGUCCAAUGCAGCACUGAGGUCCAGCAAUACAAGGAAAGAGACAAGUCCUUGGUCCGAUGCAAGUAGAAGAUCAUUUGUAAUUUUCACCGGUGCCGUUUCUGUGCUAUGAUGCAUUCGAAAUCCUGACUGGAAAUCCUCGAACAAAGCAUUGUUUUGUAGAAAGUCACAUAAUUGA